AUGCGUGUCCUAUACAUAUCUUUUCUAGUCUUGACGGCCAACAUUGUGGCCGCCUUGCCUGAUCCUGGACACUCCAAUUCCCGGAAGGCUCCGGGCACUGUUGUCAUUGACGGCUAUCGCCUCGUGGAUGCAAAGGCGCGUCUCAAUAGAGGCGAUCAUAGUCUUGAAUCUUCCUUGGAUCGUCUCGUUGCCCAGGCCGAUAGUUGGCUUAAUCAAGGCCCCUGGACGGUUACUUCAAAGACCAAGGCACCUCCCAAUGGCACGAUCCACGACUAUGCCUCCCAAGCGCCAUACUGGUGGCCUAAUCCCAACACUCCAGAUGGUUGCCCCUACAUUCAAAAGGACGGUGUGCGCAACCCGGAAGUUGACAACUACCCAGACAAGAUCAAUUCUAUUAAAUUGUUCAAUUCAACAUACAGCCUCUCCCUGGCGUGGUACUACACCGGCAACCCCAAAUAUUCCUAUCAUGCAGCAGAAAUCAUCCGUACUUGGUUCCUCGACCCGAAGACGGCCAUGAACCCCAACCUCGACCAUGCGCAGAUAAUUCCCUGCGCGAACACUGGCCGAUCGAUUGGCAUCAUCGACUUCUCCCAGGACUAUACUGAGAUCAUCGACGCUGUCGCUAUCCUAAACACCGGUGCCCCCGGAUGGACUAAGACAGACGCAGCAGCAUUCCAAGAAUGGAACAAACAAUUCCUUCUAUGGCUUACCUAUUCGCCAUUCGGAGUCGAAGAAUCGAGUGCAACGAACAAUCAUGGUACUUUUGCAAACAUGCAAAUUACCGCCCUUGCCCUCUUCACCGGCAACCAUUCUCUUGCACUCAGUAAGGCGAAACUCGCGAAGGACUUUAUCAACAACCAAGUGACAUCCAAUGGCUCCCAACCCCAAGAACUUGCUCGUACGCGGAGUUUCCACUACUCCAACUUCGACCUCACCGCACACCUGCGCUGGGCAUUAAUCGCACGGAAACUAGGAGUAGACUUGUUCAAAUACAAAGGCCCACAGGAUCAGACGCUGUUCAAAGCGGUGAACUUCCUGGUGCCGGCGGCGACCCGGGGGCGCGGGGGAUUGGAAGUACCCGGAGCUGCAGUUUACUCAGUAUGCAGCAACAGAUAA